AUAUGACCACAUUUUCUUUGAAGAGAUCCAACGAGCCCAUUUUAGAAUAAAUGUAGGCUGAGAGAUUGGUCAUUCAUUUAAUCAUUCAUUCAUUCAUUAGCUUCUCACAAUAUUUCUCAAGAUCAGUCUCACUUAUAUCUCAUUGUUUGUGCUUCCGUAUGCUCGCUCGCAACCAAGACGUGUUUUCGGCAUAGACGGUGAUGAUGACAUUGUGGUAGGUCGUCUCGGAGGAGGGGUGGAGAGAGAGAAGGUGCGCGCCGAUUAACUUCCUGUCGACCGCGUGUUUUUGUCACUGCAGUGCAUGAACAUGAGCAGCGGCAGACUAUAUUCACGACUGCGAUCAUGUCGUUUUUAUUCCGGUGGUUACAGAGCGACAUAUCACCGAACCCUGGACAGGAUCGAGUUAAUGCUGCCGCCUAAAUUAAGACCUCUCUACAAUCAUCCUGCUGGGCCAAAGACUGUUUUCUUCUGGGCACCUGUUUUUAAAUGGGGUUUAGUUGUGGCUGGAUUCUCUGACAUGACCCGGCCACCAGAAAAGCUCAGUGUCUCUCAGUCCUGUGUCAUUACAGCCACAGGAUUAAUUUGGUCAAGGUACUGCUUGGUGAUCAUCCCUAAGAACUGGGCUCUGUUUGCUGUGAACUUCUUUCUGGGCAUGUGUGGAAGCAUCCAGCUCAUGAGAAUAUGGAGGUACAACCAACAACUCAAGCAGAAAGAAGAGGAAGUGCAGCAGUCUUGAAGUGCCACAUAUUCUGACGAGUGAAGUGGUGAAGUUUUGCUGUGUUACUGUAAAAGCAAUGAAUCUGCAUUUUGCACACAUCAGUCAUGUUAUAUAGAUCAAACAAAUAUGCUCUGUCUGUGUAAAAUAGAGAUUUGUUUUUAAGAACUUCACAAUCAUUUCACAUUUUAUGUAAAAUUGUGUUAUAAUAUUGAUUGUAAUUCACAUGUUCUUGAUUGUAAAUUGUAGUGUGUGUUAUCUGACCCAUAGUCAAUAUUUCUAUAGAUUACUCAGUUUUAAGGGGGUCAUAUCAUAAGAAUAAUAAUAAAAAAGUUACUGGAGGUGUGCCUACGUUGUUAUAGGUGUUGCCUAGAUUGUAUGUUUUUUUUGUGUGUGCCAAAACAGUCACUAUUGAAACACUGUUGAAACAACUAUUGAAAAAAUAGUUUUUCAACAACUAAAAAAAAUUAAAAAUCCAAAGUAUUAACUGUAUAUAUAUUUUGUUAUUUUGCCUUUAAGAAACUCUCUUAGGCUUCAAUCACUUACAGGCUGUGUUUGCUGUUGCUUGUAUAUAAUAUAGAUUUUAACUUCCUGCAUGAUGUUUUGCAUCGCAAUAAAAUAAUCUGUGCUAAAAUGUGCCACAAAAAUGCCUAAGAUCAAACUGAAAUGUUAUGUUAUGGAUAUUGUUAAGGACUUUUCUCACAAUGUUUUUCUAUUAUAUGAAGUUUUGUUUUUUUCUCAAAGGAUUAAGGCAUAAUUAGAUUUUUCAUGAUAUGACCCCCUUAAAAUCCAACAUAAAACUUAACAGUCAUUUGACAAAACUAACAUUUUAUUGCACUGUAUAGGCUAAAUUGCUGUUUGCAUUUUUUGCAUUAGACAUUGAGAUCAGAUGAACACGUAGUGGGCAAAGGUCAUUACCUUGUCACAUGCAGGAACAAAUAGACUUUGCCCUUUAUUUGGACAGAGCAGACACACGAUGAUAGAUAGAAUGUUAAUACUAAUGUCAAUGUACGCAUUAAUUAAAAAUUAAAGUUAAAAUAUCAUGGAUUCAUAGGACAAAAGUCAUUUUGUAAUCUCACAUCAUUGUAUUUUGAGUCUGCAGUGAAGCUGCAUCAUCCUACGCUGAGCUUUAAUAAAAACUUUAGGGUCAUUAAGCAGUGUACACUUCCAGACUCGCCACAGCUAAAUCAGGAAUCAAGGGUGUAUGACAACCACAUGCACUUCUUUGAUCCCUUGUGCUAAAUUGGACCCGUUAAUCCCCUUUAAACCUGUUUUCAGUGUAUCCUAAAUGCUGACUCUAAAUUAAGCAGGCAAGGCAUUGAAUCGUCCGUCUGUCUCAAAACUUAGACGUCACACUUCACCUCUGCAGCCCACACAGAUGUGAACAGCAUAGAAUAGGAAUUCUGUGUUCUUGCAUAGCAACAAAUAUGAGUCAUUUUAUAAGAUUUUAUGGGUAGCAGUUUACAAGAUUUCAUUUAUUAACUACAUUAGUCAAAAUGAGCUUACAAUGAACAAUACUGCUAAAGCAUAUACUGUAUUAUUCUUAAUUAAAGGAGCAGUUCACCCAAAAUUUACAAAUUGCUGAAAAUGUACUCACCCUCAGGUCAUCCAAGAAAGAUGAGUUUGUUUCUCCAAUGGAACAGAUUUGGCAUUUAUAGCAUUACAUCACUGGCUCACCAAUGGAUCCUCUGCAGUGAAUGGGUGCCGUCAAAAUGAGUCAAAACAGCUCAUAAAAGAAUCACAGUCAUUUACAGAGAAAACAUAAACAGCUUUUUGCUUUAUAACUUUAGUAGAAGACUGCUGGAUUUCAAACAUUGUUACAUUUAUGCAAGUUAUUUGACAAAGACUGUUAAAUCCUGUUGAUAUAUAAUGAUUCUGUAUGCUAAAUAGAUCUGCUGAUUUAAGAUUAUAUUAUCUCAGGUGUUGAAAUGAGUUGUGAUGGUACAUUUUUAUUAUUUAUUUAUUCUUAUGUGAGAACUGGAUACAGAAUGAAGGACUCGUGCUAUGAGAAAAGAGUGGGUUUAUGUAUUUCAGACUUCGUACCCAUUCACCUGACUUGAAUGACUCCUCUGUACUGAAAUUGUGCAAAUAAUAAAGUAAACAUUAAGAGAGAGGA